CAUAGUUUGGCAGUUGCCUUCUACCCGGACAUGUAAGCGGUUGCACAGGUGCCCAGAAUCUGUUUCGGCACGCCAUUGUGGAAAGUAGUUACUUUCACAUUACUGACUCUCCUCACUUUGAGCUUGUUUUCCUAGUUGGUUUAUCCCGAGUGACAUAACUAAAGAAGAAACUACUCCACAAUGGCUACGGAGUCUUGGGCAGAGGCGGUGGACGAGCAAGAAGCCGCGGCGGAAUCGAUCGGUGGCCUCACAUUAAAAGAGAAACCAGAGGAAAAUGGCACGGCAGCAUUAGCAACAGACUCCAGCAGUGCAGCUGCAAAGUCAGAAGUGCAGGGAGAAAACAAGCCUGCAGAUGAAGACGACAAAGAUGACAAGGCGGCGCAGUCGUUAUUGAACAAGUUAAUUAGAAAUAAUCUAGUAAGUAACACAAAUCAAGUGGAAGUUCUUCAGAAGGAUCCAAACUCUCCGCUCUACUCUGUCAAGUCUUUUGAGGAGUUGCGACUCAAACCACAGCUGCUUCAGGGCGUGUACGGCAUGGGAUUCAACCGGCCAUCCAAAAUCCAGGAGACUGCCUUACCUAUGAUGCUGGCCGAACCUCCACAGAACCUGAUUGCCCAGUCUCAGUCGGGAACAGGGAAAACAGCUGCAUUUGUCCUGGCCAUGCUCAGUCAUGUCGAUCCCAACAACAGAUUUCCCCAGUGCCUGUGUGUGUCACCUACCUAUGAACUGGCACUUCAGACUGGCAAGGUAAUCGAGCAGAUGGGCAAACACUACAAUGAGGUCAAACUUGUCUACGCCAUCAGAGGAAACAAAUUGCCACGGGGCACAAUGCUGCAGGAACAGAUUGUUAUUGGCACGCCUGGUACCAUGCUGGACUGGUGCGGUAAAUUCAAGUUCAUAGACCCAAAGAAGAUCAAGGUGUUUGUGCUUGACGAGGCCGACGUCAUGAUCGCCACGCAGGGUCACCAGGACCAGAGCAUCCGCAUCCAGAGGAUGCUGCCUAAAAACUGCCAGAUGUUGCUGUUCUCCGCAACGUUUGAAGAGACAGUGUGGAACUUCGCCCAGCGCAUCGUGCCUGAACCCAACAUCAUCAAGUUGAAGAGAGAGGAGGAGACGCUGGAUACCAUCAAACAGUACUAUGUGCUGUGCAACUGCAGAGAGGAGAAGUUCCACGCACUCUGUAACAUCUACGGAGCCAUCACCAUCGCCCAGGCCAUGGUCUUCUGCCAUACAAGGAAGACUGCAGGCUGGCUGGCAGGCGAGCUGUCCAGAGAAGGCCACCAGGUGGCGCUGCUCAGUGGAGAGAUGCAGGUGGAGCAGAGGGCUGCUGUCAUCGACCGCUUCAGAGAAGGAAAGGAGAAAGUCCUGGUCACUACAAACGUCUGUGCCCGAGGAAUCGACGUCGAGCAGGUUUCUGUGGUGAUCAACUUCGACCUUCCUGUAGACAAGGAUGGUAACCCGGACAACGAGACAUACCUGCACAGGAUUGGCCGCACAGGUCGAUUUGGCAAAAGAGGAUUGGCCAUCAACAUGGUGGACAGCAAAAUGAGUAUGAACAUCCUCAACAGGAUCCAGGAGCAUUUCAGUAAGAAAAUCGAGAAACUAAACACGGAUGAUUUGGAUGAAAUUGAGAAAAUCUCCAGCUAAAGAGAACGGCGUUCAUCACACCCACUCCCCCUCCCCUCUUGGCUGUCCAAGGACUGUAUGCUCCUACAGUGUUUUGUGCUUUUAUUUCUUUUAGCUGUCAGAGUGAAGAGCAAAACCACAAUCACAGCAUAUGUUUACACGUGGAUUCUCUCUCCUCUCUGACGAGUGUUUUGUAAGUCUUGGGAACAUACCCUAUUUCACUCUUUGUACUUCUUUGAAUAAAUUCUAUGAUUUUAUUGCUGUGUAUUGUGAUAAAACAAAAGCAGCCACAGUGGGCUCUGUUUUUCUGAACACAGAGUUUAAACACUACUUGGUUUCAUCUGUAGUAGCGGCAUGAACUAAUGGAAAAUUACCAUUGUAUGUGCCACAUUGUUUUUAAUUUUAAGAAGAGCAAAGUAUGAUUGAUUGUAAGCGUAUCAGGUAGACCGCAUUUACAGGGCUGUUAAUUGACUACAAAACCCUGAUACAAAGUGUGAAAUUGGGUAUGCUGCUGAGCGGUAGUUUAAUCAUUGAGAUUGUUAAUUAGGGUUAUGGUUGGGUUUCAAGGGUCUAUGCAAACUUAUCAACCUGUGAUAGCUAUUUUCAAAUAAUAUCAACCUGUAUUCACGUGAAAUAAAUGAAUCCUUAAUUAACCUCAGCUUUAGCGUCAGGGUGUGUAGUCAAAUGCCAAAAAAGGCUGCCUAGAGUCAUAAGACACUAUAACUCUUUAAGUCAUGGACGUUGAGAUGUUUUUUGUUAAGCUUCUAAUCAAUCCUCAUUCACCCACACAUCUUACGAAUGUCAUUUAUAUCAUUUAAAAAAAAAAAGAUUACAGCUUUUAUCAGGAUGGCUUGGCCUCACUGCUGAGCAUUAAUCUCUAAAUGGUUUCCUCAAUCUAUCUCAUAACGCCUCUUUAAUUCUAAUGUGGACAUCAGUGUCACUCUUCAUCAAUGUUUCCAAUCAGGGUCUCCAGUUUGCCCUCAGAUACAUUCACCCAGACUGUGCUGUUAUUAAGGAUUGUGAGUUUAAACAAAGCUUAUAACGCAAUGCCUUCCUCAAGUGCAUUAUAUAUACAUAUGAUUUUGUUUCUAAGACAUUGGGCUUCAUAUUCUGGCUAACACUUGAAAUUUUGAUUAUAUAUUGAACUAUGAGCGUCUUUAGGAUGUGGGAAACCAAAUGCUGAAUUGACUGAGGACCUAUGCCAAUCAGAUUCAUUGUGUUGCUUCAAGACUGACGCAUGGAUAAAUAAACAUGUACUUGUGUACAUAUAAAAAAAUAUAUAGGUUAAAGUAGUUUUUACUGAGUGUUACUUCUAAGAAGUGCAAAAAAAACAUUCCUCAAGUUCAAUUUUGACGGACGCAGCACUUCGAACACAGUGAGCCUAAAUCUGUUAAUCUUGCAUCAGAGGACCACUGAACAAAAUAAUAGAAACAGUGGGUUGUCUGGUGCACUUCAUCAGCGUGCUGAAGAGCAGUGAUUGAACCUCGUACAAACCUCAUCUGGCUCUCACCGAAAUUAGGAAGACUGCUGGUGGAAGUCCGGUUUUAAUGGACUGUUUACGGACAAUUAGACACAAGUGUUGAGUGCUCUGUGAAGACUUUCGGGUAAAGAACCAAUGUAUGCAGUUUUAUUUGGACAUUUGGAUGUAAAAAUAAUCAGUGAGUGUGUGCACUUUGUUGAUCCAUAAUGUAAAAAAACGCUGUACAAGAACCAUGGACACUCAAAGCAGUUUUGGCUACAGGACUUGACACUCUUCUCCACCUGUCGUAUACCUUGUUUGAUUGCUGUCGGAACCUACCAAAACCCAGUUCAUACACAUAGGAGUAAUACUGCCUGAUGAGGCUUAAAGCAAGUUGUCUGUUGUAACCUGAAGGUCAUGUGUAGAGAAUGAUAGGUUCAAGGUGUGUGGUAUUCUGUAGCUGAGCUGCGUUCAUGGACACAGUUUAUGUAUUGUUAAUAUGUUGAAUUAAAACAACAUGAAAAUCUGA